AUGUGGAAGUUGAAGAUAGGAGAGGGAAAUGGAGAAGAUCCAUAUUUAUUCAGCAGCAACAACUUCGUCGGACGUCAAACAUGGGAGUUUGAUCCUGAAGCCGGCAGACCGGAGGAACGAGCUGCGGUGGAAGAAGCUCGCCGGAGUUUUAUGGAUAACCGUCCCGUGUUAAAGCUUCCAGUGAUCUUUUAUGGCGAAUGCAAAGGGGAAAUCGAGCAAGUGAUACCGCCGGUGAAAAUUGGCGACGGCGAAGGCACAACGCACGAAAACACGACGAAUGCCUUAAAGCGAGGAAUUGCUUUCUUCUCGGCUUUGCAAGCCUCCGAUGGCCACUGGCCGGGAGAGAUAACCGGACCUCUCUUCUUCCUUCCUCCAUUGGUAUUUUGUUUGCACAUCACAGGACACUUAGAAGAUGUAUUCAAUGCAGAGCAUCGUAAAGAGAUACUUCGAUAUAUCUAUUGUCACCAGAACGAAGAUGGUGGAUGGGGAUUACACAUUGAGAGUAAAAGCGUUAUGUUUAGCACCGCGUUGAAUUACAUAUGCUUGCGUAUUCUUGGAGUAGGUAGUGAUGGAGGACGAGGAAACGCAUGUAAACUAGCCAGACAAUGGAUUCUUAACCAUGGUGGUGUUACUUAUAUUCCUUCUUGGGGAAAAAUUUGGCUCUCGAUACUCGGAAUCUAUGAUUGGUCUGGAACCAACCCGAUGCCUCCGGAGAUCUGGUUGCUACCGUCUUUCCUUCCAAAACACCUAGGAAAAACUUUGUGCUAUACCCGGAUGGUUUAUAUGCCAAUGUCUUAUCUAUAUGGGAAGAGAUUUGUUGGUACAAUAACACCUCUUAUUCUGCAACUGCGUGAAGAACUCCAUGUACAACCUUACGAAGAAAUCAACUGGAAGAAAGCACGGCGUUUAUACGCAAAGGAAGACACAUAUUAUGCUCAUCCCCUGGUUCAAGAUUUGAUAUGGGACACUCUUAACAUGUUUGUGGAGCCUUUUCUUACAAGUUGGCCGUUAAACAAGCUUGUAAGGGAAAACGCUCUUCGUGUGGCAAUGAAACACAUACAUUACGAGGACGAAAGUAGCCAUUAUAUCACCAUUGGAUGUAUUGAGAAGGUUUUGUGCAUGCUUGCUUGCUGGAUUGAAAAUCCGGAUGGAGAUCACUUUAAAAAACAUCUCUCUAGAAUUUCAGAUUAUAUAUGGGUAGCUGAAGAUGGACUGAAAAUUCAGUGCUUUGGAAGUCAACUUUGGGAGACAGGGUUUGCAAUUCAGGCUUUAAUUUCCAGUGAUCUUUGCGAUGAAACCAAUGAGGUGCUCAAGCGAGGACACGAUUACAUAAAGAAAUCUCAGGUUUAA